AUGGCCAGAAAUACUUCUCUUUAUUUUCGGAUUGUAGAGGGAAGGAAUCUCCCAGCCAAAGACGUGUCUGGAACAAGUGACCCUUAUUGCAUUGUUAAAGUUGACAAUGAAGUUGUGGCCAGGACAGCCACUGUGUGGAAGAACCUUAAUCCUUUCUGGGGUGAGGAGUACACUCUGCACCUCCCGAUGGGAUUUCACUCACUGUCUUUUCAUGUCAUGGAUGAAGACACAAUUGGCCAUGACGAUGUGAUUGGAAAGAUUACUUUAACCAAGGAGGUCAUUGGCUCUCAAGCUAAAGGUUUGGACAGCUGGCUGAACUUGACAAGAGUCGACCCAAAUGAAGAAGUCCAAGGGGAGAUCCGCCUCAGUCUGGUCCUGCUCAAACACUCAGAGAAGAUCAGUUUGAGAUGCCAAGUCAUUGAAGCCAGAGAUCUCGCCCCCAGAGACACCUCUGGCACUUCUGAUCCUUUUGCAAGAGUCAUCUUUAACAACCACAGUGCAGAGACUUCGAUUAUUAAAAAGACUCGAUUUCCUCACUGGUUGGAAACUCUUGAGCUGGAGCUGGACCCAGAGGAGCUGUAUGAUGAGGCGCCUAUCACGGUGGAAGUGUGGGACUGGGACAUGGUGGGCAAGAAUGACUUCUUGGGGAAAGUGGAAAUCCCUUCAGCGUGUUUGCACAAGUCACCUCAUCUGGAGGGCUGGUUUCGCCUGCUGCCCUUGGGAAACAACGAGGUGGAUGCUGGUGGUAAACUUGGAGCGCUGCGCCUGAAGGUGUGUUUAGUGGAGGAUCGUAUUUUACCGUCGGUGUAUUACCAGCCUCUCAUUGACCUCUUGGUGGAGUCAGUCAUCUCUCCUACAGACGUGGAAGAGACCAGCGCUCUGACCAUGCUUGAAGAAGUGACCACCGUGGAGAGCCGGCAGGAUGUGGCCAUGACACUGGUGAAGAUUUACCUGGGACAAGGCCUCGUGGUGCCGUUCUUGGAUUACUUUAACACCCGCGAGGUCAACCACACAGCUGAUCCUAACACAUUAUUUCGGUCCAACUCACUUGCCUCAAAAGCAAUGGAACAAUUCAUGAAGGCUGUUGGAAUGCUCUAUCUCCAUGAAGUCCUGAGACCAAUCAUCAACCGGAUCUUUGAAGAGAAAAAGUACAUCGAACUGGAUCCAUGCAAAAUUGACUUGAACCGACUCAGGCGGAUAUCCUUUAAGGGCGGCAUGUCUGAGGCUGAGGUGCGGGACAGCAGUGUGGAGAUGCUGCAGAUUUAUUUAAGCAGCAUCAUCGAAUCGAUCGUGAACUCAGUCGAUCAGUGUCCGCCGGUCAUGAGACUGGCCUUCAAGCAGCUGCACAAGAGGGUGGAGGAGCAAUUUACCGAACCCGAGAAUGAGGAUGUCAAGUAUUUGGCCAUCAGUGGAUUCUUCUUCCUCCGUUUUUUUGCUCCUGCGAUACUGACGCCCAAACUGUUUCAGCUGAGGGACCAACACGCCGACACACGCACAAGCCGUACACUGUUACUACUCGCUAAGGCUUUACAAAGUGUUGGAAACUUGGGUCUUCAGCUUGGCCAUGGAAAAGAGCAGUGGAUGGUACCUUUGCACCCCAUUAUUCUCCACAGUGUGGCCUCAGUCAAAGACUUUCUGGACAAGCUAAUUGAUAUAGACCACGACACAGUGUCGGAGGUCCCACAGAGAGCUGUUUUCAUGCCAUCAGUCACAGUCAAAGAGGGCUACCUGCAGAAGUAUAAAACAGAAGGGCCACAGCUGCUGUCCAGGUUUGCCUUUAAAAAACGCUAUUUCUGGUUGACCAGCGAGACCUUGUCCUACGCAAAGACGUCAGACUGGCAGGUGCGCUCUUCAAUUUCCAUUCAAUGCGUAUGUGCUGUGGAGAGAGUGGAUGAAAAUGCCUUUCAGCAGCAAAACGUGAUGCAGGUCAUCACCCAGGACAACGACGGACAGCUGCACACUAUAUACAUCCAGUGCAAGAAUGUAAAUGAGUUAAACCAGUGGCUCUCUGCUAUCAGAAAAGUUAGUAUCUACAACGAGCGCAUGCUGCCAUCAUUCCACCCGGGAGCUCAUCGCAGCGGGAAAUGGACGUGCUGUCUGCAGACCGACCGCAAUGUCACAGGCUGCAGCAGAACUCACUCUGCGGUUACCCUUGGCGAUUGGAGUGACCCCCUUGACCCAGAUGUUGAAACCCAAACUAUUUACAAGCAACUUCUCCAGGGAAAGGACAAACUCAGGAAGAAGUAUCUGGAGAUUUCUGAAGCUGAUAAGAAGUCCAGCAAUAAAGAAAAGAAGAUUCACUUAGAGGGUGCACAAUGCAACGCAAAGACAAAAGCAGCGGUGAGUGUCCCGGUGCGUCUGUUGGCUGUGAUCACAGAUUUGGAAAAGGCCCACAAUGCCUUCCAGCGCAGAGAGAAGGAAGACCCCAACUGUGUCAUACUGAACCACUGA